AUGGAUCCGUCGAUGACAGAUGAUCUAACGAAUCCAGAAUUGGGGAACGUUUUGUUCGGAAAGGCCAUGAAAGGGAGAUGGGGUGAAGUCGUCGAUAUAUGUACGGAAAACCCAUGGUCUCUGGUGGCCGGAAUCACCAGGUUGGAGGACACACGGUUACACCUAGCUGUCUCUGGCGGCCAAGAGGAGACGGUCCGAAAACUCACAUGUAUUAUCUCUGAACAGCCAAAUCACGAAAUGCUACUCAGGGUUAAAAAUGAGAGAGGGAACACCGCUCUCCACAUCGCUGCACUGAUGGAGAAUGAGGCCAUGUGUGAGUGCAUAGCAAGAGUUGAUUUUUCACUGAUCGGAGAACGUAACCAAGAGGGAGAGACUCCUCUUUUCACCACAGUGCUCUUCGGCAAAAAACAAGCCUUCCAAUGCCUUUACGAUUUGUGUCCCCCAAAUGAGCGCUACAGUUGUUCCAGAUAUAUGCGUGGUGACACGAUUCUUCACUGCGCCAUUUUUGGAGACCAUUUUGAUUUGGCAUUGCGAAUAAUUGAGUUGUAUGGGGAAAGACUGGUAAACGCUGUCAAUGAGGUUGGAAUCACACCUCUCCAUCUACUAGUGGACAAGCCUUCGGCUUUCCGAAGCGGCAGCCGCCUUGGAGUUUUCGAACGAAUCAUUUAUCAGUGUACGUACAUAUGA